UAUUAUUAAAAUGUUGGCCAUUGAUGUACCUCGGCUUAAACAUUGUCAAAAUAAAAUUGCGUCACUUGUUGAUAAGUGAAGAUGAUUGUUCAAAAACCAAACUUGUUUCUGAUUUUAAUCCUUGUCUAUGUUACUGUUCUGCAUGCUAAAGAAGGCCAUCCACAGUGCGACGGGGUCGAAUGUCUAGGACAAUCAAAGAAUGGCGCAUGCACACAAUGCAUUUCUGAACAUGGGAAACUUUGUUGUGCUGAGACGAAGACCAAAUUAAAACCUCCACCUCCACCAGCAUCUAUGCAAUCAAGUGGUAGUGGAUUUCGCAAAAUAAACAAGGGCUGGAUUCUAGCCAUUGUUGUUGGUAUUGUGGUUUGCUGUGCUCUGAUAGGUGCCGUCAUUUAUCUUUUCAGGAGAAAACGAACUCGAAGAAGACGGAAACGUAAGACAAGGAGACGACCACGUCAGCAGCAGCAGCUUACUACAAUAUCACUUGAACAACACGUAUUAGAGAAUGACCAGACUUCUCAAGCAGCCGUGCAUAAUGACCACUCAUACGAUAUAAUGUCUUGGAGAGCAAACGUACAGUACACGGCCCCCAUGGAAAGAGCACGUCACCACAGAGUAAGGCAAGCCAGGAAUGAAAUACCAUUAGAUAGCGACGACUAUCUUCAUCCGUUUCCUCAAAGUCAUACAAUAGACGUUAAUGUUGAGGAAAGUGCCAAAUCGCUAUUGCCGAGACAAACUAAUUUAGAUGAAACAACUGCCAGGACUCUCAAAAUGUCGUCUGCUGUACAUGUGAAUGGUAGACAAUCACGUGUGGCCAGAUCUAUUCCUGAACAAAACAGGUUCACUAGCAGCACAGGAAGACAUAUGGGUGCUGCGGUAAUUCCUGGAAACGAAAAUGUAUCACAAGGCCAGUUUAUACCUGGUGAUAACUGUAUUCCACUCCAAAUCCCACAAGUUCAAAAUGAUGGUUCGAGUUUGUUAGAUGAUUUAUUUGGACCACUGUACAUGAAAUGUUCAGCGAACUUUCGUCUUGUAGCAACAAAUGGUCCUACAGAACGCACACUUGCAACUUCGUCCAUCGACCCCUCGCAGCCGUAUUAUCCGCACGAAGCACACGAUAGACAAGAUUUAAAUAAAAGGCAGACGGGUGUUUCUGUCGUAAAUGUGAAGCAUGAUAUUUCAGAUACCCCAACACGAUGUUCCUCUACCCCGAUGAACAGGUGUCGUCAGACUCUGUUGCAUGCUGUUAUUGACGGCGACAGCGACGGCGACGACUAUGGUGAUGACAUUGAUGAUGAUAAUGACGAUGAUAACUAUGAUGAUGAUGAUGAUGAUGAUGACUAUAUGUCGUCUGAUUCUCAACCAGAGAACUGGUUGCAGAGGCCGGCUGUCGAGACAGAUAUUAAUGAUCCAUUCCCAUAUAUCGGAGUUGGCGAGUUAAUGGAAAUGAAUAUAAAACGCAAAUGAAAAAGACCAGUGGAUGUGGAAAUGUUUCGAAGCCAUGUGCAUGAAAAGUACAUGCGUUUCAUUGCGGUCGAGUCUUCUCGAGUAAUAUUAAUAAUAUACUCAAUCAUUACAAGUCAGUAUUCAUAAUCACAAACGCGAUACACUAUAGAAAUAAACAGUCAAAGCAAAGAACACAUAUUGCUUUCCUUUGACCAGGUAGUAAUAUUCAAUACAAACAUUUUGUAACGGUGCAUCAAUUUUUAACGCCAAAAAUACAAAUUACAAAAAAAUAAGCCAUUUCAGUUAUUGGUUUUCUUAUGUUAGAUAUUUUAGUUUUUCUAUUGUUGGGUGGUUGUUUGGUUUUGUUGUUGUUGGUGGUUAUUUUUGUUGUUGUUUUUUUCUUUAACUCGAUUUACCACAUUAAUGUCGUAAGUUUUAAAUUACAAAAACGAAAAAAAUGAAGAAAAAUAAAUAAAUUAAGGUUGUCUCAACAAUGAAAUGCACAUGACUGAAAGCCACAACAAAUUAUUAUAUUAGUGAAGAAGAAUUAGUGUUUGUAUGAACAUCAUUAAAAUGAAAAGCAACAAAGAUUCCAAUCGAGGUGUUACGCAGUAAUGCUGGUCGAACGUUUUUGCUUGAUUUGUUCAAUAUUUGUUUCAGUAAUGGUCUUGUACCCAAUCGGUGGCGUCAGGGUAUUAUUGACCCUAUUCUUAAAUCUAGUACAACGGAUCACAGGGACACCAUGUCAUACAAAGGUAUCAAUUUGGCGUCAGUUGUGUAUAGACUAUUGUAACAUUUUAAAUAACAGACUUUCGACAUGGGCAGAAUACCAUGAACUGAUAGUCAAUGAACAAAAUGGCUUCCGAAAAGGAAGAAGUACCAUUGACAACGUGUCUUCUUUAUCUUCCAUUAUCGAAAUUAGGAAAAAGAAAACAAUUGUUAAGAAAGCAUUUGACUCUUUAGACAGAUCAUUAUUGUGGUGCGAAUGAUGUAAUAUGGGUAUUUAGCGGUAAAAUGUGGAGUGCAUUACGUGAUAUUUUGAUAAGAUUCACUACACUGAUGCAUGGUGUCUUAAAAAUAACUUGUCAUUAAAUGGGAAAUCCAAAGUUGUACAUUUUCGAACCCCAUCUAUAUCUAGAGCAAGAUAUUGUUUUAAAUGUGGCGAUGAGGUUGUAAACACUGUAGAUAAAUAUAUUUAUCUGGAAAUUGUGCUAGACAAGACUUUAAAUUUUAAUAUAACUGUUAAAGUUGUAACGGUUGCGAAGUCUGCAAGUAGAGCGCUGGGGCUUCUUAUGGCCAAAAGUAAAGCUAUGGGUGGUAUGCCAUAUAACGUUUCUAGUAAGAUAUACCACUCACUCGUUUUACCCAUUAUUACUUACUUACUUACAAGCAGUUUUGAACUUUGUUAAUAACAGAAUACUCCUUGGUACCCCAUGUACCCCAUGUACCAAGGAGUAUUUUGUUAUUAACAAAGUUCAAAACUGCUUGUUGAUUUUUCUUGAUGUUGGGAAAUAUAGCACCAAUGCAGUUGUAAAUGGUGAUAUGGGAUGGAUGCCAAGGAAAGUGUCUUCGUGGAAGGCUGUACUUGGACGAUGGAGCAGACUUGUUAAUAUGAACAAUAGAAAAGUUCGAAUUGGAAUUUUAACGUACACCAGUUUUGUUUGCAACAUAAUAUUCAGAACUAUUGCAAUGUUAUUGUAGUUUUACCCAAAUUUAUUAUUAAAACAAUAUGGCGAUCAGCU